UACAGCAGCCAGCGAGCAAGAACGAGACCAGAUUUACAUAUUUGCCCCGAGGGUUUAAAUGCGUGGGUGAACUCCAGGUGAAGUGUGACUUACCACGACGGCUCGGCAGUCUCAGGAUUAACGCGAAGGAUUCUUCAGUGCCGUGUUGUCCUGCGCCUUCAACACCAGCAUUCCUGCAGCAGUUUAGCAGACAAAUACACAGAGAAGGAGCUACGACCCAAGAAGUGAUGCCAUCCAACAAGUACUCCUCCGCUAUCAUGGCGGAAAGUGACAAGAUGACAGCCACGGCUGCUGUAAAUGGUGACAUGUCCACAGUGGAGGGUUUGUCAGAGAAUGACAGCGGACUGGAGAUGACCAAUGAGAACAGCCCCUUAACCGGGGCAGAACCACCUUCGCCGUUUAGCCCCAAACAGAACGGGGGCGCAGCAUCACCUGCAGAUGAGAGUGUGAACAGCCUCAGGAGGAAGAGAUCUCGGAAGAGUUCUUCAACAGAUUACGAGAGUGUGUGGGACUCGUGCAGUGAGGAAAAGACUGAUCUGGGUUCAGGCUGUGAUUCCAGUCUUAAACGGAGGUCUCGUCCCAGGACCAUUUUCCAGGCUGGACUAACAGCUCAAACAAAACCCCGUAACAGGGAGAGGCGCCGCGGCAAGCAGGAGCCCAGCAGUCUGGUUCCUAGUCUUCCUGAAGGCCCCCAGCUGGAGCUGAUGGAGCAGGACUCUAAAGACUCAGCUCAAAGCAGCGCAACAUCCACCUCUACUACUGACACAGCCAGCCAGCCUGAAUACAAUGACAAUAAGGGCUUUGGAAUUGGAGAGCUGGUGUGGGGCAAAAUUAAGGGUUUCUCCUGGUGGCCUGGCAUGGUGGUGACCUGGAGAGCUACGGGGAAGAGACAGGCAUCACAUGGCAUGCGCUGGCUCCAGUGGUUUGGUGAUGGCAAGUUCUCUGAGGUGUCUGCUGACAAACUGGAUUCCAUCACAGCCUUCUCCAAGUUCUUUAAUCAGUCUUCUUACACCAAGCUGGCUUCCUACCGCAGAGCCAUAUUCCAGGCCCUGGAGAUGGCUAGCAUACGUGCUGAGAAGACGUUUCCUCUGUGUGAAUCGGAUAAUCCAGAGGACCAGGUGAAGCCUAUGCUGGACUGGGCUCACAGCGGCUUCCUGCCCAAGGGCAAGGAGGGCCUCAAACCCAGAGAGAACUCCUCUGAGUGCUGUUUGUUCCCAGCAGCUCCGGAGAGCACAACGCUUCAGGCUAAACUUCUGGAGUACAAUCCACCGGAGCUUGCACCAUCUGCUAAGAGGGCCAGACUCAGCAUGUGCAAGGCCAAAUCAGCCAGUGAGGACAUCUAUAGCAGAGAACAAAUGGUUCAUGAAGUCUUGAAGAAUCACAGAAGUAUAGAAGAGUUCUGCCUGUCUUGUGGCAAGACAAGAGCAGCAACCUUCCACCCCCUGUUUGAAGGAGGCCUUUGUCAAACAUGCAAGGAUGUAUAUUUAGAGAUCUCCUACAUGUAUGAUGACGAUGGCUAUCAGUCGUACUGCACAGUGUGCUGCGGAGGCCGAGAAGUGCUACUUUGUGGCAACGCCAACUGCUGCAGGUGUUUCUGUGUGGAUUGUUUGGACCUGCUGGUGGGUCCAGGAGCAUCGAACAGUGCACGGGAUUUGGACCCAUGGCUGUGUUAUAUGUGUCAGCCAUUGCAGCAGUAUGGUGUGCUAAAGAGACGUCAUGACUGGAGCCUUAAACUGCAGGAGUUCUUUGUCAAUGACAACGGACAGGAGUUUGAAAGCCCAAAAAUCUUCCCAGCAGUCCCAGCAGAGCAGAGACGUCCAAUUCGAGUUCUGUCACUGUUCGAUGGCAUCGCCACAGGAUAUCUGGUGCUGAAGGAUUUGGGCUUUAAGAUUGAUGCAUACAUUGCCUCAGAGGUGUGCGAGGACUCCAUAUCCGUGGGAGUCGUCCGACAUGAAGGAAAAAUCCAAUAUGUGAACGAUGUUCGGAAUAUCACCCGGAAAAAUGUAAGUGAUAAUAUUGCCGAGUGGGGACCGUUUGACUUGGUGAUUGGUGGAAGCCCAUGUAAUGAUCUGUCAAUUGUCAAUCCAGCCAGGAAGGGGCUUUAUGAAGGGACUGGCCGUCUGUUCUUUGAGUUCUAUCGCCUGCUGAGCGAAGCAAAGCCAAAAGAGGGAGAGGACCGACCCUUCUUCUGGAUGUUUGAGAAUGUGGUUGCAAUGGGCGUCAAUGAUAAACGGGACAUUUCCCGCUUCCUUGAGUGUAAUCCAGUGAUGAUUGAUGCUAUUGAAGUGUCAGCUGCCCACAGAGCACGAUAUUUCUGGGGCAACCUGCCAGGAAUGAAUAGGCCUCUCUGUGCCUCUGGCAUGGAUAAGCUAGAACUGCAGGACUGCCUGGAGCAUGGCCGCGUUGCCAAGUUUGGAAAGGUGCGUACCAUCACAACCCGCUCCAACUCCAUCAAGCAAGGUAAAGACCAGCAUUUCCCUGUCAUGAUGAACGGCAAAGAGGACAUUCUGUGGUGCACAGAGCUUGAGAGGAUUUUUGGGUUCCCUGUCCAUUACACAGAUGUGUCCAACAUGGGGCGGGGUGCUAGACAGAAACUGCUGGGUCGAUCGUGGAGCGUGCCAGUCAUCCGACAUCUCUUUGCCCCUCUGAAGGACUACUUUGCCUGUGAAUAACAGACAAAAAAAAGUGUCCAGUCCACUCAGGCCAAAGUCACACUGGCUUAAUACCUCCAGCAACAGAGGACCAAAUGGCUUCACAAGACACAGGGGAACUUGUGAGGUUUAGUUGUUUUUGUCUCAUUAGAGACCCAAGCAAGAUUUUGUCCAGCAGAUGAUGCUGUUGCUUUGAGCCAACAAGUCUGGUGUAUGGUUUUUAAAGGCAUACUUAAGGUAGGACAAGAGGCUGUUUUACUAACUGAUGUCCUACGUUCAAACUCAUAACAUUAUUCACACAAGUAUUUGAUUUUCAGGGAUCUUGUUUCACUUAAUGAUGCCUUUUCCAUCUUGAUGGACAGAAAUACUGGUAGACCGGUUUAACACUCUCGUCUUCAUAGAUAAAGCCGACAUUCUGACGAAGAGUAACAUGAUCUCACUUAAUGGAGAUGUGUGAAAUUGUAACUGAAAUCUCAUGUUUGUUCUGUGAGGUAUGUGCCAUCAAAAUCUGCAUUACGUUGUUUUUUUUGUUUUGUUUUGUUUUUUUAAGUAUUCUUCAAGGACUAGACUAUCUUUUUGCAGUUCGAUUUAUUAGUUCCUAGUAGAAAGAUGUAGUAUGAUCUAAUGUCCCUUGACAUUCUGUUGCUUUUCAAAGAACUGAAACAUUGAUAAUUUGCCAAAAUGUCAAACUUGUUUACUAUAAGAGAGGAAGGUCUUUAAUCAUGGGAAAAAUAAGAAUUCAAUUAGUCAUGCCAAAGAUCAGAACACACAGACGGAGUCUUUAUUUCAAGUCACAACAUGAUUCCUUACAGUUUAGACUUUUCCCAAAAAGUGAAAGGUUGAUCAUUUUUAGAAUGUUUCGUCGUCGUCGUCAUCGUUGUUGUUGUUUGUGUAGUGACUGUAUGACCUUUGGCAAGCAUUUGUAAUGCAUUCCUUGUACUAUAGGUCGUUUUACUCAAAGAAAUACUUGAAAUGAGUACAUCAGUGCAAAAGCUAAGCUAUGAGCCCACCCGAUGUAUUUACAAACAUUGUUUUUCUACAAAGAAAUUCAAAUAAGAGUACAUUCAAGAGAAGAAAAAUCUUUAAAAGAUAAAACCAAAUGUACAAUUGCUACACAAGCAGUUGAUCUGAUAUUCUAGAUUUUAAAAUGCAUUACUAAUAAUAUCAUGAGUAUAAAAAGUACGUCACAUCCAGGGCUUCUUUAAAAAAAAAAAAAUCAAAAUGCAGAAAUUACAAGUAACACACAGAGUACUGUUUUGAUAUGUUUACAUUCCUAGCUAGUUUUUAGGGUCUUCACAGAGACCUUCACUGGAACUGUAUUAUGAACGUGUCUUCCUGAAAGAUGAGGACUGAUUUUGAACGAAAAAUUACCUGAGUUUCUUUACUGCUGUUUCUUUGUUUUAUUGGGUGCUCUGUCACAACAGGUUGCAUUUUUGUGCUCCUUCAUUUUGCAUUCUUUUUUUUUUUUUUUUUAGUAUAAUUUUCAAAUGUUUUUAAACUUACGGUGCCUUUUGAAGUACAGUACACUGUGGAGCCUUUUUGAUUGCUUUAAAAUAGAAAGUAAUACUCGCUCUAGAUAUACGUGCUUCAGAACGACUACUGUCCAGAAUUGAAGCUUGAAUAUGAUGUUAACCAGUUUAAGACAGUAUGCUGAAAUAUCUUUGUUUUAGUAUAUCAUGUACGAUAGAAGUUUAUCAUUUAUAUUUGCAUUACAAAAUGACAACUACAAACUUCUAAUAACCCUAAAUGUAGGUCGAUAGCGAAAUAGCACAAAGUAGUGUAGUGUUUUAAUAUUUUUGUAAAAUCCUAACAUUUUACGUAGUUGUUCUUUAAAUAUGAUGUAUAAAUGUUUGUCAUUUGCUUGCUAUUUGGUAAAAUAAAAACACAUUAGCACUGAAAACUUACAUAUUAACAGUACAUUUUAUACAAAGUCCAUUUUGGAGCAUUUUUGAUAAGUACUCCAUGACUAUUUUUAUACUUUUGUACUCAUUUGUAUGCUUUUGUGUACCUUUUUUUUUCAUAACUAUAUGUAACAAAGUGUUGUUAGGGGCAUUGACACCAAUAAAG